CUAUAUAAGAUAGGAAUGGCGCCGGUGAACGCGCAGUGUAACCUCGUUCAUGGAGAAAGUGUUUGGUUAAAGAGCGAAACUCCGACAACGCAUCGCAGACGUCCGCCGACAGCCGUUCGUUACAGAGAUCGUUCGGGCGCAGAAAUUUUGAUCGUUAGUCGGGCCGCACGACGCGUUCGAACCCUAAGGAUGAAGCUGUGGGCGAUUUUAUUGGUAUGCGGAGCGGCGGGCACGUUCGCGACCCAAGUGCCGAUCGAUUCGGGGCCGAACGAUUGGUCCUGGCAACCCUCGGCGAGCCUGGAGGCCGUGGAAUCGGCGGCCGAAUCGCAAGACGGUAGUAGCAACACGGACGCGAAAUUGACGUCGGAACCAGCUCCGAGCAAAGAAUUCUUCGGCGACGCGGCAAGGGAACAGAGAUCGGUGGAAGCUGUGGUCGACGAAAUCCUGGCGUCCAGUCGCCAGGGUCGCAGCAUCGAAGGCUUCGACCAGGUGUACGCCGACCCGAACGUGAAGAACGCGCUGCAACUCGGAAACGACACGGUCGCUCGGUCCUACAUCAGGGACAAGCUGUGCACGCUGGGGCUGAUGAACUGCGAGAACGUCGAGGGACGCCGACCGUAUUACUCUCCCCAUCGCGGUAUAUACCCCCAGGACAUCAUCUACGCGCAACCGGUGACCAUAAAGCCAGUGGGAAGACCACUGCCAGCGAUACCCGUGAAGAGACCUUACGGCCCACCCAAGGUGCCGCCCGGCUUAUCAGGAUCGAGCAGCUUCGGUUCCUCGGGCCUGACUUCGGACGUCGUUUACGGACUCGGCGGUGGACCGGUGCCUCCUCCAUCCAUCUCCCAGUUCCCCGGCGGACCCGGAGGAUUGAUCAGCUCCUACCCCGGCGGCCUGAAGAGACCCGGACCCCCGUUCCCGUCGUUCGCGUCUUCGAAGCCCGUGUACGAGGGUGGCUUCGACUACGAGGGCAACGAUCGGUUCAUCGACAAGAAGCAGAUCGCGCUGAGACCGGGCGUCGUGGGAGCCGACGGGUCGGUGCAGCAGCACGUCCAUCAUCACUAUCACCACGGCGAGGGGGCUAGCCAAGCCGGCGGCUUCGUCGGAAGCCCGUCGAUCGGUUUAGGCACUGUCGGAGCCAGCUACGAUCAUCCCGGCCAGUCGAUUUACGCCGGCGGUUUCCAAGACUCGGACGACUACAAGAAAGCGUUCAAGGUGAAAGCGCCGUCGGGCAGCGGAGGCAACGGUCUCAUCGGGCCCGACGGUUCCGCGUCGGCGAACAACUACGCCAAUCGGUAUCCCGUCUACGAGAAACCGCCUCAAGAUUUCACCUACGCGAAGCAGGACGGUCAGAAAACCGGCAAGUACUACGGACCCGGGAACUACGUCUCGUCGAACGCGGUACAGGCCGGAUCGAACGAUUACUCGUUCGGCUCGAGCAACGCGAACAAUAAUUACUAUCAUCAGAACGAGAACGAAGACUUCGGGAACGAUUUCACCGGGAGCUACGGGGCCGACUGCGUGUGCGUGCCGUACGAACAAUGCCAGGCUUCCGAGCACGCCGGUCGCAAGGACGAUCUCUAUCUGGCCAUCGAUCCGCGAAACCUGAACAAGAACAUCGAGGCGGAGGCCGCCGACGCGCCGACGGACGCGUCGAGCUUGGAAGGAAACGGAACGACGAGCGUCGUCGACGCGCCGACUUCCAGCGGGACCGAGGCCAGGGCCAAGAGGGAGGUCGCGGAAGAUGAGGACGCGGCCGUCGAGGGCAGGAAGAAGAGCACCGGCGAAGGGAGACUCGAUGCUAGCGAUCUGGACUCGUCGAAAUUAAACUUGAAGCCGACCUGGGGAGUCAGUUUCGGUCUACCGCAAACCGGCGGCCCGUACCCGAUCAAUCCUUACGGCGGCAAUCCCUUGGUAAACCCGUACGGCGGUUACGGAUCCGACCAGGGCCUGAAUUUGGGCCUGGUCUCCGUGAAUCCUCUGCUAGCCGUGCAAUUCAGCAAAGACGAGUACGGCGACAAGGUGGUCAAGCCGUUCGUUAAUUUCCACGUGACGCCGAAUCGGCACAUCGUCCAGAAACUCGGCGAUCUUCUAGCGUACAAGAAACAGGCGAUCCACGGGAAUUACGGGCACGGCCCCGUUUACGGGCCCGGUUACGCGCCCCAUUACCAUCACCCCCCGAAGCCGAGCGUGUACCACGAGAAACCCUACUACCCCUCGAAACCGUUCUACCCGUCUCACGGCCCCGCGUACCAUCACGAACCCUCUUACUAUCCGGCCGCGGACUAUUCCGAUUACUAUCGCGACGGCGACGAUUACGAUUACGAUUACGAGGAUCGGUCGUACGGGCGAUCGAACGCGAAGCAACCGGGGCCCGAGGAUCGACCCGUCGACGAUAAGGGGCUCGCUGGGAAUACGGGGACCUCUGGAAAGGUAUCGUUCCCCGGCAGAAGAAAGCGCGAGCUAGCGACCGAAGACGAGAGACAAUUCCUCGGCGGACCCCCCAGGUCCUGCAGCCCCGGCUUCGUCUGCUGCCGCAGGAGGCAACAGGCCUCGAAACCGCGUCCGGGACAGUGCGGGACUAGGUACACGCAGGGCAUCAACGGACGCAUCAAGACCCCCGUGAACGUCGACGGUGACGCGGAGUUCGGCGAGUACCCGUGGCAAGUUGCCAUCCUGAAGAAGGACCCCACGGAGAGCGUGUACGUAUGCGGCGGCACCCUUAUCUCGUCCAGGCACAUCCUGACUGCGGCGCACUGCGUCAAAACGUACGCCGCUCACGAUCUCCGGGUUCGUUUGGGAGAAUGGGACGUGAACCACGACGUCGAAUUCUAUCCGUACAUCGAAAGGGACGUGGCCAACAUCGUCGUGCACCCUGAAUUCUACGCCGGCACUCUCUACAACGAUAUCGCGAUCCUGAGAAUAGACCACGAGGUCGAUUUCCUGAAGAAUCCUCACAUCAGUCCUGCCUGUUUACCGGACAAACGCGACGACUUCGUGAAAAGCAGGUGCUGGACCACCGGUUGGGGUAAGGACGCUUUCGGCGACUUUGGCAAAUACCAGAACAUCCUGAAGGAGGUGGACGUGCCCGUGGUUAACAACCAGAUCUGCGAGCACCAAAUGCGUAGGACGAGGCUGGGUCCUGGAUUCAAUCUGCAUCCAGGAUUCAUCUGCGCUGGUGGCGAGGAAGGCAAGGAUGCUUGCAAAGGUGACGGUGGUGGCCCUAUGGUUUGCGAACGACAGGGUCGCUGGCAGUUGGCAGGAAUCGUGUCCUGGGGAAUCGGAUGCGGUCAGGCAGGUGUUCCAGGUGUCUACUCCCGCGUGUCCCAUUAUCUCGACUGGAUUCGGCAGAUCACGAAUCGUUAUUAAAAAAUUUCUAUUCGAUGCCAGACUGCUCGUCCGAGCUAUUCGCCUAAGAUCACUUAUAUAUCUUUAUGUAUAACUUAUAAAAUGUAGAGGGUGUGUAAUAUAUGUGUAAGAAUGUGCUAGCGUAAGGUGGGCGAGUAUCGAUAAAUUAUGUAGCUUGUGUCGAGUUGUUCUUGUUGAAGGCGUGAUUCGACGUACGUUCGGAUCGUUGAGUAAUGCAUUUUAUUUGCAAUAUAUUUGUUACACAAUCUUCGUUCCAAUACAACUAAUGUAACAUUGUCAA